UAUUUUUUUUUUGGUCUUUCAGUUCUUCUCUUUAAUAUCCAUAUCACAUUUUCUUGAUUUUCAUCUUUCUGUGUUGAAGAAUUUGAGAUUUUUCUCUAAUUUUUACAAAAAAAACCCAUCAUGGGUUCUUCGUUUUCUUUCUUGAUUCCUCAGUUUUCAUCUACUGUUAUUCAGAAAAAUCAUCCUGGUCUUGGUGAUUUGCCGGAAAGCUGUGUAGCUUCAGUUCUUGUAUAUAUGGACCCGCCUCAGAUCUGUAAAUUAUCUAUGCUUAAUAGGGCUUUUAGGGGUGCUUCUUCUGCUGAUUUUGUAUGGGAAUCGAAGUUGCCGAUGAAUUAUAACUCUAUUAUUCAAAGGGUUUUUGCUGGUCGAAAUUUUCCGUCUAAUUUGUGUAAAAGAGAUAUUUAUGCUAAGCUUUGUCGACCCAAUUCUUUUGAUGGUGGCACAAAGAAAGUUUGGUUAGAUAAGAGAACUGGAAGAGUUUGUAUGUCUAUAUCUUCAAGUGGCUUGGCAAUAACGGGCAUCGAUGAUAGGAGAUAUUGGAGUCGGAUUGAAACAGAUGAAUCAAGAUUCAAGUCCGUUGCAUAUCUCCAACAGAUCUGGUGGUUUGAAGCUGAUGGAGAGGUUGAUUUCCCGUUCCCCGUCGGGUCCUACAGCAUAUUCUUCAGACUACAAGUAGGACGUGCCUCUCGGAGAUUCGGACGCCGAGUCUGCAACUCUGAGCAUGUUCAUGGGUGGGAUAAAAAACCGGUGCGGUUUCAGCUCUCUACAUCAGACGGCCAACAAGCUACAACCCAAUGUUACUUGAACGAACCUGGAAUAUGGAAGUAUCACCAUGUAGGUGACUUUGUUGCCACGGGCUCGGUUGAACCCAUGAAAGUUAAAUAUUCGAUGACUCAGAUCGAUUGUACACAUACUAAGGGUGGACUAUGUGUAGAUUCUGUACUGAUAUGUCCAGUAGAGUUUACGGAGAGGUUGAAGCAGAGUUUUUGAUUUGCUUGAUUACCUGUCUCUAGAAGAGUUUUAGUUCUAGUGCUAUCCAUAGUUUUUUGAGUGGUUAGUAACUUAGUAUUAAGGGAUAAUCAUAUAUUAGACUCAGGCAAUUUGUGUAAAAUGUGAACAAUGGGACAUUUUAUCCGUUCAUUGUACUAAGUUAGCAUCUGUUACAUUACAUACAUAUCCUUUUGCAAUUUCAAUUCUAGUAAGUGUUAUUUGA